UUGUUCAAUUUUAAUAUAAAAGAAAAUUAAACUUAAGCAAAUCAUUGAUUCUAUCAAACGCAGUUGACAAAACGAACCGAUAAAUAAUGCUGCGGUUAAUGUGUCAGAGAGCAAAUCUGCUUAAAACAAAGUUUCCAAGUCGCCGGCUACAACAGGCUGUGGUGGACACUCAAGUCAAAUCAAUACCGCCGCGACCUCCUGCAGUUAAACAAAUAAGUAAUGCAAAAACAGAUCGUACAGUUGGAAAGUGGUUUCUUGGAUGCAGUGGAAUGGUAUUCGUAGCAGUUGGACUUGGUGGCGUUACAAGAUUAACGGAGUCAGGACUGUCAAUGGUUAGUUGGAAACUAAUGGGUGAACAUAUGCCGAGAAAUCAAGAAGAAUGGAUAAAAGAGUUUGAGGAAUAUCAGCAAUACCCAGAAUUUAAAAUGAAAAAUGCCCACAUCACAUUGGAAGAGUUUAAAUUUAUAUACAUGAUGGAAUAUAUGCACAGAAUGUGGGGCCGUGCCAUUGGAGGCUUUUUCUUAAUUCCGGCUGCCUACUUUUGGAAAAAGGGUUAUUUUUGCGCACGAACAAAGAAGGUUGUUCUUGUCCUAGGAACAUUAAUUGGUCUCCAAGGCUUAAUGGGCUGGUACAUGGUGAAAUCUGGGUUGGAAAACCGAUUUGACAACCCGAAUGAUGUUCCGCGCGUUUCUCAAUAUCGAUUGGCAUCGCACUUGGCUGCCGCAUUCGUCCUUUACAGUCUAUUCUUAUCCAAUGCGAUGUCUAGACUUAUACCAGCUGAUAAACUUGUGUCCAUUGGAAAGCGGGCAAUUAAUAUUAAACCUCUGGCUCAUCUAACAAAGGGCAUGGUUUUCCUCACUGCCAUUUCUGGCGCAUUUGUCGCAGGACUGGAUGCUGGACUAGUUUAUAAUUCAUUCCCGAAAAUGGGCGACGACUGGAUACCUAAUGAUAUAUUGCAAUUUGAGCCUAUGCACAAAAAUAUAACUGAGAAUCCAACGAUGGUGCAAUUUAACCACCGUAUACUAGGUAUUACAACAGUUUCCUUGAUAACAGCCCUGUGGCUGAUAACGAGACGACAACAGUUGCCGAAACGUGCGCGUUGGGCAAUUAACGCCGCGAUGGCUAUGGCCUGGACACAGGCAACUUUAGGUGUAACCACAUUACUUAAUUAUGUACCUGUGCCUCUAGCUACAGCCCAUCAAUCAGGAUCUUUACUGCUCCUAAGCUUUGCUGUGUGGGUUUCGCAUGAACUUCGCUUUCUAAAAUACAUACCAAAAUAAUUGUAUGCAUAUAUGUGCACAACCAAUAGUGACUUAAUUUGUACUUUUAUGUAAUAAAAUAUGAAAUAUAAAUAUAACU